CCCAUCACUACUAUUCUCCAGUCCUUCCCCGGACGAAAAAAAGAAGUGAAAACCGAGAAAAAUCCCCCCACCCCACGCCGCGGCGGCGCUCCUCCUCGACUUCCACCGCCGAAUGCCGAUACAGCAACUCGCCCCCAAAUCCCCCGGCCGAAACCCCAUUUCCAGCGACGCCGGCCCAAUCCCCCUCGCCAUGAGCCUGCCGCAGCGCGGCUGGUACUCGCCGCCGGCGCUGGUCGACGACGCGAUGCGCGAGAUCUUCAAGCGCGUCCCUCCGGACGACCCCAGGAGCCUCGUCCGCGCCGCCGCCGUCUGCACGAGCUGGCACGGCAUCCUCUCCGACGCCGACUUCGCCCGCGAGUACCGCGCCUUCCACGGAGCGCCGCCCGUGCUGGGCUUCCUCCACAACACGCGCCACAAGAGGUCGUGGGAAAAGGGGAGAAUCAGACACUACAGGAAGGAGUACGUGGUCUCCAACUUCGUCUCCAUCGCGUCCUUCCGCACGCCGGCGUGCCGCGAGCGCCGCCACUGGCGCGUUCUCGACUCCCGGCAUGGCCUCGUCCUCUUCCACACCCCUAAAAGGGACGAGGACUUCGCUAUCUGCGACCUCGUCACCGGCGAUGGGUGGAGAGUCAAGGCUGACCCCGACUGCGCUGACAUCAUCUGGAAUGGUUGGUCUGAUGAUGAUGACAACGAAUACGAGCAAGAGAACGAGGGUGUAACCUGGAAUGCCGCGGUUCUCUGUGCCAAGGACGGCUGCGACCAUAUCUACUGCCAUGGCGGCCCUUUCCUGGUGGCCCUUGUCGGCUCCGACGAGGAACAGAGGAUGACCUUUGCCGCCGUCUACUCAUCGGAAACUCGUAAAUGGAGUGACAUUGUCUCCAUUGAGGAACCGAAUGCCAUCGAGACGACGGGGCACAGUGCUGUUGUGGGAAACAAGGUCUAUUUCCCCUGUGAGGAGACCUACAGUCUUGUAGAGUAUGACAUGGCUGGGCAAAAAUUGUCGGUGAUUGCGCUAGCUGAAGAAGAGGACGAUGACCUGCCGUGGCUUGACCUCAUGGGUGUGGAGGACGGGAUGCUGCUGUUAGCGACUGUGAUGAACUUUAGACUCUGCCUAUGGUCAAUGGAGGCUGGUCCCAGCAAAACUGCAGUAUGGACACGACACAGGGUUAUCGAUCUCGUACCGUUGCUCCCUGCUAGUGCCCUCAUUGGCGUGUCGGUGGUUGGUUUUGCGGAAGGUGUUGGUGUCAUCUUCCUGAAUACGAAGGCUGGGCUAUACACAGUUGAGCUCAGUUCGGGCCGAAGCAAGAAGUUGCACGGGGAGACAUCUUUCGAAGAAGUCAUGCCCUACAUGAGCUUCUAUACUAGAGCAGAUAAACCGAAGCUAUCUUCACAUCUAUUCUCCUACACGAGGAUGCUGCAGAAGAAGGGUGAAAGUACCGCAGCUUAGAUCGAUUCUUGUGUACUUUUUGGUGGAGAGGCUUCAUAUUUAUUUGCUGUUUUUUGCCCCAUGUCAUGGUUGCAGAGAUAUUGAGUCUAGCUUGAAGGAUCUGAGAAUUUUUCACAUGCUUUUGUUGCUAUUCGACAUUCAGAACUUGAGAUGUUGUCGCAAUGGUCGCAUGUCGAUUAUGUUCAAUGUUCGGAGCUUUAGCUUGGAGAACAA